AGAGCGGCGCUUAAGAGCCCUUGAGCCAGGCACAGCCGGGCGGCAAGCGCUCCUUCCCUCGGCCUCCGGAGGCGCAUGCUCAGUGAGACAAGCGAGAGUCGCCGGGAGGCGCAUGCGUAGUUUAGUGGUCUUUCUCUGCUUAGGGUGGAAGGGGCCGGGCUCGGGCUGACCGAAUGAAAACCGGAAGCGGAAAGGCUGCGUGUAAAACCGCUUUUCCCUUCCGUUAGGCGGAUUCCCCUCCCCCGCCUCUGUUCCCGGCGCAGAGCGAGAGCUGCAGGCCCGGAACGUUGUGUUAUAACCGCCCUAACUGCCGCCCGCCUGUGUCCCCUCCCUUGGCAGAGCGAGAGCCGGCCCGAGAAGGCUCCCUCCCCGCGCCCUGAGCCGCGCUGCCCCACCUGCCCCUCUCCGUGUGGGUGCUGGGCCCUCGCCGCUCCCGCGUCUCUGUCCGGCGGCCGCGAUGUCUGACAAGGAGUUUAUGUGGGCCCUCAAAAAUGGAGACCUGGAUGAGGUGAAGGACUAUGUGGCUAAGGGUGAAGAUGUCAACCGGACACUGGAAGGUGGGAGGAAACCUCUUCACUAUGCAGCAGAUUGUGGGCAGCUUGAGAUUCUGGAAUUUCUGCUAUUAAAAGGAGCUGAUAUUAAUGCUCCAGAUAAACAUCAUAUCACACCACUUCUAUCAGCAGUCUAUGAGGGUCAUGUCACUUGUGUGAAAUUGCUUCUGUCAAAGGGUGCUGAUAAGUCUGUGAAAGGCCCAGAUGGACUAACUGCCUUUGAAGCCACUGACAACCAGGCAAUCAAAGCUCUUCUUCAGUGAUGGAUGGACUGAUAUAACUAAUGUCUUUUCUGUGGCCUCACACUGCUGCCUGUCUGUCACUCUUUGUAUCUUCCAGCUUCUUCAGCUAAAUACUUUGGGGGGAGGGGAAUUCUCAAUGAAUCAAACUAACUAGGGGUCUCGAUCAAAACGAUAAUCUGUUUGGAGAGAAUGGAAAUCUGUAUAAUCAGUGUCCUUCAGGGUUUGUUUCAUGCACAAUCUUUUUUCCAUUUCUAGUGAAAACAAACUUCUUCUGCAGGAGGGAGAAAGAACUUGCACUUAAUUGGGUUGUAGGCCUCCCUGAUUAGUUCUAUUAAGUUUUGUGUUGAAAGAUCAAUUUAGACAAAAGUACUGUAUUAAGUACUCUAAAACUCUAACUAAGAGGCAGUAGUCCAGUGCUGUUAGUGUGGGCCAUGAUAUAAAAUGUAGUAAUUGAGGCAGUUGGGUUGCUUAUCUCUUGAUAACUAUAUCCUUCUGCUUUAAAGCAUAUGUUGAAAUACUGAAGACUUCUGAUACUAGUUAAAGGAGCUAUCUCCACCUUGACUAAUCAGAUGCCACACUAACCUUUUUUGACUCCUUGUAAAUCAGGAAAGACCAGUUUAGGCAAGACCUUCUUAUAUUAAGAACUCUGUAAUCCAAAAGGCCUGCCAAGGUACCUUGGGAAGAUUGAACUUCAGGAUUUCCCUCCCCCACCCCCAAUGUGUUCUAGUCCAGAACUGACCAAUCUGACUUACAAUAUUUUGGGGUCUGAUAAGAAACGUCACUGCAGUUUACCCUUUUGGAUUGUCAGUUGGAAUUUCCUCAUUUACCAUGUCAAUGUAAACAAUGUAGGCACAUAUGGUGAAAGCUCCAGGCCCUCUGGUACCCAAGAAGAAUUUCUCUGCUACCUUAAAUGAUUUAAAUUUAGUGCUGCUGGUAAUUAUUUAGAUGUUCUCACUAGAAACUAAUAUCAAAAUUGCUAAAUGUUUUUUGCUAUAGUUUCAAAAAAAUAGUUCUGUGAAGAGCUUUUCUAUAUUCUACUGUCAGGAAAAGGAAGACUUAAAUACAGUUUCACUGAAAUCUGUAACUACCACAAGAGGAAAGGUAAGAUUUUUUUUUAAUGAAUUUCCUACGAUUCCUCAUCAACUGUCUGAAAAGGAGCUCUUUUAAUGUCAUGACUUCAUUGAGAGCAAUGGGCUUCUUCUGAAGCUCCUGCUACGUUCCUACAGCAUGUAUGAUCCCGCAAAUAUAUUUAAAUUUCAUCUGGAAGUUAAUGUACUAGUAAAUAUUACAGCAGUAGAACUGAUAACUAAUGGAAGCAGAUUUAAGAUUGUAAAAAGGGAUUCCCACCCCAUUCCUCCCAUGAAAGUCUGAGCUUUUGAUUUUCAUCUUUAAUUUGCAUUAGACACAUACCAGCUCACCCAAACAAUUCACAGUACCUUUUUUUUUUUUAAGGCAUACAUUAUGUAAAAGAAUAUAUUUACCUUUGGGAUGUCAGUAUAUGUUGCUUUCAGGCAUUAUGGUAACAUGCAAAAAAUGUGCAUCAUGUUUAAUGCAGAGUAUGUUUAAACAAAACAAGGAAAUCUUAUUUUGAUUUCCCAUGUCUGGAAUUGAGGUGAUGUCAGGAGGGUGAGCAAUACAAUAUUUGGGGAUUGCCAUCCAGAUAAAUACAUACUGAGACAUUUUGGGUUCAUAUUUUAACCAUGUUGCAUAAAAUUGAAUGUACUUCAAUUAUAAACAACCCUGUAUUUAGAAUGUAAAAUGAGAACAAACCGAGUUAUACAUAUGCAGCAUCCCCACAGGAUAAAAAAAUCAGGAAUACAGUCAUUCUGGCCAAUGAGAAACUGUAGUGAGCCAUUAUUGAUAGGUUUCUUGGAUUUAUGGGAGGUAUGGAUGGCAAAGAAGAGUGGAAAGAUUAGAAAUGUUUUAAAAACUGUAAUCAAUCACUGAGUAACUGAUAAAUGAACGAGCACACUUGACUAGCUGUUCUUUAUUAAGCCUUUUAAAAUAAAGAACUCUGUAAUCUAUCUCUAAUCAAUGCUGGACUAUCAUCUCAUUACGAUAGUGUAGACUCUGAAUACAAAUUCUGACUUUCUGUAAGAUAUCACUGAAAUUAUUUCUAUAUUGGCAUAAACUAGUCUCUACUUAUGCUAUUAAAAUACUAGUCCAAAUUGCAGUUUUCUGAAAUCUUUUUUUAAAAAUGUCAAGUUUGUAGUGAGUAGUGUCAACAAAUUGUGUAUCUGGCCAUAACAUAACCUCGUAUUGUCCUUUUCUCUUUGCCUUAGCUUCCCCGCAUUGCGCCGCCGCCCCCCCCCCCCCCCACCUCCUAUCAAGUGAUCAUAAUUGUAGCACUGGAUCAUUUGAACCUUCUUUGUACUAGUUCUUCUGGUGAUACAGUAGAGGCUAUUUAGCCUUAAUUUCCUGCAAUUAUGAAAACACUUGAAUUUUUCUUGACCUAUUUCAUGUGGAAAAAAAACUGCAAACACUCUCUAACAAGAAAAGUGUGUGUUUAAUUUGACUAUAAUAUGAAUCCAAGCUACUUUGCCAGAAUAGAUAAAGGAUGAUAUUUAAAUGUAUGUUUUUACUAAAGAAGAAAAACUUGUUUGCUUUUUGCACUACAUGAAGGGUUGUCAUUUUUGUCCAGGUUUUAAGAAAUAUUAAACACUUUUGUCCAUGCACAAAACAGAAAGAUUAUAGGUUUGUUCAUUCACUUCCUUUUCAUCACAUUAUGUGAGAAAUUGCCUGGCUACCUGUUUCUAACUAGUCCUUCGAUGGGUCAAAUUGUCAAACUGUAGAUUCUUUUACACACAGGAAACUGUAGAAUAAUCAAACACAAAGGCUUAGAUAUCAUGUCAAAGCCAACUGGAAGUGCAUACAUUUGGAAAUCCACUUAAUUUUUAUUGCUCUCCCUUUCAAUUUGCGUUGAAUGUUUUAGAACUAAAAUGUAUCUUGGUUUUUACAUCCUCUGCUCCUCUUCCUUAUUUAAAAUAAAUGCUUGAGACUUAAAUGGAGCUUCCUCCUCCUCCUUUAAUACAAUAUUGAAUGCAUUAAUUUGUCUGUAGAAGAGGCUGGUAAGAGUGGAGUGUCCUAGUUCAAGCAAUUGCAGUGUUGCAUGCAAAAUUUCAAAAUGAACUGUCUUAACUAUAUUUUGUAAAUGAAGAAACAAUCAUAUCUUUCUACGUAGUGAUGGAAGAAAAUUAAUGCUUUGUGCAUUUUGAUAUUUGACUUCCUCUUUUCACCAGUGUAGUUAUUUUGACACAGUUGGGUUUAUCGUUAUCAUAGUUCAUGGACAUCAGAAUGCUCAAUGAUACUGUAUUUUUAAGUUUGUUGCAAGAAUGAAUGAAUGAAAUAAACUUGAAUUGUGCUACAGAA